UUUGAAGCCCCUGCAUUGUACGGUCUACCACUGGUCGCAGCCGCCAACUUGCUUGACUGGUUACCGUUUGUAGGACAUAAGCUUGCCAAAGAUGCACGCAUGUUCAAUCUACGGAAUCGCACACUCGUUGAAAUGCCUACACUGCUGCCCAUUCCGCACAAGCAUAAGCAUUCCAGCAGUUCGGAAUCAUCGUCCGAAACGUCACUGACAACACUCAGCAGCGAAACGAGAAGCAAAUCGCCUUUUUACUCGUUCUGGGAUUAUCAUCUGGCAUAUAAGGAUCUAAAGACUACCCCCACCAAGGUCGCACAAUUGUUACUCAAGAUUGUCGAGGAACGAAACCCCAAAGGACAUUGGUUGCGUACAUUCGAUGCAAAGCGUGUUUUGGAUCAGGCUGCAGCAUCCACUGAAAGAUACGGCCAAGGAAACCCACUCAGCCAAUUGGAUGGUGUAUUUGUCACAAUCAAGGAAGAAAUGGAUGUCCAAGGCUUUGAGACCAAGGGUGGUUCUGCUUUCAUCAAUGAUGGGAAGCCCGCUGGGUGCGAUGCUGAAGUAGUCAAGCGUCUUCGAAAGAGUGGUGCUAUUAUCCUCGGUCAUACUGUUAUGCAAGAAUUAGGCUGGGAUGUGUUUACUGUAAACCCAAAUACCGGCACCCCGUUGAACCCUUACGAUUCGGUCAGCUCAUGCGGUGGAUCCAGUGGUGGAAGCUCAGGCUCCGUAGCAUCUGGCUUAGUCCCCAUCAGUAUUGGAGCAGAUGCUGGAGGAUCAGUCCGGAUUCCAUCAUCCUUCUGUGGUCUGUACGGCCUCAAGACUACCUUCGGUCGUCUCCCUUCUACCGGUGGAUUGACUCUUACUCAGACGCUCGAUGUCUAUGGUCCUAUUGUUGCCACAGCAGAUGAUUUGGCCUUGACAUAUGCAAUUGUUGCCGGCCCAGAUGACAAGGAUCCAAAUUCGUUGUACCAACCGGCUGUGUCACUCAGCGGAUACGAGCUCACAGAAAGUCUCGAAGGGCUUACAAUUGCGACUGUGCCGCAGUGGGAAGCAAGAAUCGGCGAGCCUGACAUUUUAACUCAUAUUCGACGAUUCCAAAAGUACUUUGAACAGCUUGGUGCAAAGAUUGUGGAGGUGGAUCUUCCAGAUAUCGAUCUUAUUGGAGCAGGUAUGUUGCAAUACUAUUUCUACAUGUUAAAAAGAAAUAGAGGAAACGGGUCACGUACACUUUGA